AUGGCUAACAAAGAAAACUCCCAAAGUGGCCUCAUCCUUUUCAACACCUGCAAAAAAGAGCUCGGCCUGCCUGACUCCACCUAUAGAAAACUCGCAUCCUACUUCCGCCAAAAAUACCGAGUCUCCACAAAUCAAUCAGAAAUUUCAAUCGAAACGCUCGCAGAAGCAUCCCUUGUUAUUCUUUCAGCACCCCGUGAGAUGUUUAGCCACCAAGAAGUUGAAGCUAUAAAAACCUAUAUCCAAGGCGGGGGAAAUGUCCUUAUUUUUUACCAUGAAGGCGGCGAAUCCAAGCUUGGGACUAAUCUGAACUAUUUAUUAGAAGAAUACGGGAUUUCUGUAAACAAUGACUCAGUUAUCAGGACUGUCUUCAAUAGAAAAUACUUCCACCCUAAAGAAGACUCAAUUUCUAAUGGGAUUAUUAACCGAGAAAUCUCUAAUUUUGCAAAAGGGAAACAAAAAGCAAAAGCUGGCAGUCUCAUUGCCCAGAAUUUUGUGGCGCAUAUGCUGAAAAAUGAAGGGGUGGAGCUGACAGAUGACCAUGGAGGACUGACUUUUUUGUACCCGUAUGGAGCUUCUUUAAAUGUCCAAAAGCCAGCUAUCCCGAUUUUAUCGAGUGGGCCUAUCUCAUACCCUUUAAAUAGGCCUAUAGCAGGUAUUUACACACCAAAGGCCAGAAAAGGCCGUCUUAUGGUUAUUGGGUCAUACAGUAUGUUUUCUGACAGUUACCUAGAAAAAGAAGAAAAUUUUAAACUGAUGGAAAUCCUCACAAAGUGACUAUUAGGAGGAGACAUAGACCUAGACCUAGGCCUCGAAGAGGAUAACGAUUUACAAGACUUAGCCGUCAUCCCUGAUGUCGCUUCCCUUUCUGAGUCUUUAAAAUCAUGCUUACAGACAAGUGAAAAUAUUUCAGCUAAUUUUCGGCAGCUUUUUGAUGAGUCUUUGUUUAAAUUUGACACUGAUUUAGUACCAGAGGCUGGAAAACUUUAUGAGACAAUGGGGGUUAAGCAUGAACAGCUUACCUUGAUUCCUCCACAAUUUGAAGCACCAUUGCCAAGCUUAAUGCCAGCUGUAUUUCCUCCUAAUCUAAAAGAGCCGAAUCCGCCUGCACUUGAUAUGUUCGAUCUUGAUGAAGAAUUUGCUAGUGAAGUUGUGAAGCUGGCACAGCUGACCAAUAAGUACUCUGAUAGGGAUAUUGAAUAUUAUAUCAGAGAAUGUGGAGACUUACUUGGAGUUACCCAGCAGAUUGAAAGACUUAAAUUCGGGUAUGGGGAUGAAAAUGACGCCAAAGCCAUUUUGCAUAGAAUUCUAGUUGAAGUGGUGCAAUAUAAAAAGCAUACCCAGUAA